AUGGAUUCGUCCAAGGAGUCAAAGCAAGCGGCGGAAGUCCAGAUCUCCCAAACAGAGUUUCUGACCGACGCUGCUGAGGCCAAUGUGUGGGAGCAUGAAAUGACCAUUAGGCAAGCUGCCAAACUCUUCCCAAAGGCUGUCGCCUGGAGUCUAGCACUGUCUGCCACUUGUGUUAUGGACGGCUAUAACUUCCACACCACGUCAAACGCUUAUUCUCAGCCAGCAUUCCAAAAGGCAUACGGUACGCUUCAGGCGAACGGCAAGUACGCAAUUUCUGCCGCGUGGCAAUCCGGACUCAACAAUAUCUCAACCGUAGGAGUGCUGGUCGGCCUAUAUUUCGCUGGCUUCCUUUCCGAUCGCUAUGGCUUCCGCAAGACUCUAAUGAUCGCCAUGGUUUCCAUCCCCCCACUCGUUUUUAUGCAGUUCUUCGCGCCAAAUCUUGAAGUACUUAUAAUUGCGCAACUGUUAAUGUCCAUCCCGCUCGGUAUAUUGGAGACCACCACACUCGCAUAUGCUGCCGAGGUUGCACCAAUGUGUCUGAGGCCAUUCUUGACGAGCUUUGUGAGCCAGAUGUGGGUUGUCGGACAAACCUUAUAUGGCUUUGGCCUAUCCCUGCAGUUGUCGCGUUGCUCUUUGCGCCAGAAUCGCCUUGGUGAAGCCGCCAACUUCAACAUCGACAAGACUGUGGCUCUGAUGGUUCUAACAACGGAACAUGAACGCAUAGUCAACUCUAGUACUACGUGGAUGGCCUGUUUCAAAGGGCCUGAUCUUCGUCGAACAAUCCUUGUCGUCGCCUUGUAUUGUUCGCAAAUCAUUGGUGGUUCGACGCUGCGCUCCUAUGCAACCUACUUUUUUGAACAAGCUGGCUUGGCCGACGACUGGUCCUACAACAUGUCUAUCAUCGUCUACAUGCUCAGUCUGGCGGGAACUAUAGUGUUGUGGUUUGUAUUGCCUUACGUUGGUCGGCGAACACUCUAUAUCUGGAGUCUGGCUGUGCUCACCGUUAUUUAUAUUGUCAUGGGUGGACUUGGGAUUCCGCAAGGCGCAAGUAAGAGCUCCUUGUCAUGGGGAGUCGCAGCUCUUCUCGUCGUCAACGGCUUUAUAUGUUAUGUCGGUGUCAUCCCGAUCGUCUUCAUCCUUGGCACAGAAAUCCCCUCAGCUCUACUGAGAAGCAAGACGCUCGCCGUUGGUCGCAUCGUCUAUUCAAUCAUCAACACUCCUUUGAGCAUUCUGGGCACAUACCAGGUUAGCUCGACAGCCUGGAACUGGGGGGCAAAAUCAUCCUUCUUCUGGGGCGGACUCUGUUUCCUGGGCUUGGUGUGCUCUUACUGGUCUAUCCCCGAGACCAAAGACAGAACUUUUACGGAGAUCGACCAGCUCUUCGAGAAAAGGGUUCCAGCUAGAAGAUUCCAAGAAACCAAGUUCGAGGCGGUGGGAGUUACUUUGGAAUCUGAGAAAGGCACUGGCAAUUCAAUUGUCUAA